UUCCAUCGUUUUUAGUGGAAAUAGGGAUCGACUCGCUCCCCCCUUUCCUAGCGAUCCCUAACCCUAGCUUAACUCUCUCGCUCCCUUCUCUUCGUCACUUAAUUCUCCGGCGACUCCUCCGACGCUCCCGUACAUCUCCGAGGAUCUCCGAAGAUUGGAGAGCAUCUCCGGCCGUCGGCGACGGCGACAUCUCAGGGGUGCAUGAAGGCAUUAUUUGUUUGUUCGCACUGAUCCAGCCUAAUCCAAAAAGUGCAAGGAGAUUGGAAGUAAGGACAUAUCCAUUGUUGCCACAUUUUAUGGCAUUCAAAUUGAUAGGACGGAGUCAUGUCAAUGCUUUCCUUUUCAGCUCGGUGUGCUGGAGAACAGAGUCCUACGUCCAAAGGUAUUCUCGAAGAAACCACAUUACUGCAAGUGGAAUGUCCGCAACAAAGGCAAGGGGACAAAUUAUCACUUGCUAUUGUCGAUAGCAAGCAUAUUCUAUUGGAUGCUGAUCAAGCUUGUCAGGCACCUAAUGGUCAUGCUGAAGACAGUAGCUUGAAAGAACGUAAUUAUGCUUUGCCAAGACUCAUGGAUGAAUUCCCUAGUGUUAUACAUUCUGCUGAACAGCCAGUUCUCAAUGGAGAAUGUUCCCAGUCUUGUCAAGACACUGAUUCUCCACAGAUGGUGGGUUGGGGUAUGUCAGAGGCUACCUCAGAUGCAAAAGUUUCUUCUAGGAAAGAGAAAUUGUGCAAAGAAGAAGCUGGACACAUUAAGAGUGUGCAAGAACAUUCUUUUCCCUAUUUGCAGUCGAAUGGCAAAGGCAGUUUUACUGACCAAGACAAAAGAGUAGAGUUGAUUGAAACUGCAUGUACAUCAAGCUGCUAUGAGGUACCUGUAAAAGGUAGCAACAAGAAUGUAAUAAAUGACGAUAAAAUCAGAGAUGCUUCAGCUGGCUCAUCCUCCACUCUUACUGAAACACGUCAUUCUCAUGGAAAAGAAAAAGAACGUUGUGAAACUCCCCAUGAAUCGACGGGCCUUACAUUUCAAGCAGGUUUUGAACAAUGCAAGUUGUCUGCACAUGAUAAGAAAACCGAGCUUCUGUUAACUAGUAUCAACUUGGCACACACUUCUGAAAAAGUUGAAAGUCAAGUGCAUGGCCACAAUCGAGAGGGAGAAUCUGGCCCUCUGGGAGCUGAUUAUCUAGAAGAUCAAACAGUGGCUCUUUGGGUGAAGUGGAGAGGAAAGUGGCAGAGUGGAUUUCAAUGUCCCAGAGUUGAUUGCCCGUUGCAAACUUUGAGGGCCAAGCCCACUCACGACAGAAAGAAGUAUAUUGCAAUUUUCUUUCCUCGUAGUAGGAGAUACUCAUGGGCAGAUUUGCUUCUUAUUCGAUCAAUUAAUGAGUUUCCAGAACCUCUUGCUUCUGGAACUCAUCGUAAAUGGAGAAAGCUAGUUAAAGACUUGGCUACUCCACGCCGUUAUGUUAUGCAAAAACUUGCUGUUGCCAUGCUAAAUAUCAGCGAUCAGCUACAUACUGAGGCUGUUAUUGAAGUUUCUCGAAAUGCUACAGCUUGGAAAAAAUUUGCUAUGGAGGCUUCAAGCUGCAGAGACUAUUCUGAUCUUGGAAAUAUGCUCUUGAAGCUUCAAGCUAUGAUACUUCCCACCUAUGUGAGUAAUGCUUGGCUGGAAAAUUCAUUUGGCUCGUGGAAACACAGGUGUCAAAAUGCACGUAGUGCUGAAUCUGUUGAAACACUUACUAAGGAAUUAAUGGCUUCCGUGCAGUGGAGUAAGGUGGACGAUCUUUGGAAUGCACCUGUGCAACCCUUGCUAGGUCUUGAAUGGAAGACUUGGAAACAAGAAGCUAUGAAAUGGUUCUCUACUUCACAUCCGAUGGCUAAUGGCACAAAUGUAAAGCAGAGAAAUUGCGAAACUCCUGCAAACAUGGAACCUUUUAUUAGCAGUAAGCGCCCCAAGCUUGAAAUCCGUCGACCAGAAAGUUGUGCUUCUCAAAUGGAAGCUUCUGACUGCAGGAUUCCCUCUCAGGUUGACGGGGUGGAUGCUUAUCCUGUACAAUCAAUCUGCCAGGACAUUAUAGCAGUUCCUGAGGUUGAUCAGCAAAUGAACUCUGGCACAGUUGAUGACAGGUUGGAUGCCAGUGGAUGCUUAAAGCUUAUUGAAAGUUCAGUACAGACGUCUACCAGUGGAAGGGGUGGUAAUGCAGCUACUGCCCCUUACCAGUAUAGGCAAUGUUCAGCUUUUAUAGCUGCUAAGGGCAGGCAGUGUGGAAGGUGGGCAAGUGAUGGUGAUGUUUACUGUUGUGUGCAUACGGAUACUAGUUCUGGAGGCAAAUCUCUGCAGGAUCAAAGGCCACCGCCUGAUGCCCCUAUGUGUGAAGGUGUUACCACUCAUGGCCAUAAAUGCAAACAUCGAGCUCGAUUGGGAUCUGCUUUUUGCAAGAAACAUCGUAUUCAGAAAAGCCAUGAUUUAGUGAAAAUAAAUCAUCUCUCAAUUUGCUCUGGAGGUAAGCUAAAGAGGAAGUUAGGUGAAAACAAUGCCUUUGAAAAAAAUUCUAGUUCACAUGCUAGUAAUAGUGAGGAGCUUGGGUUGAUAACAGAACAUGAAACUUCUGUUCAAGAUAAUUUGAUCUCAAUAUCAGUAGGUGAAACCUUAGAUGAAAAGAAUUGUUUGAUGAAGGAUUCUGAUCUUUACGAUGCAUUACCUACUUCAGUAAGAGACACAAGUCUGGAUUUUCCACGCUGUGUUGGGUACUAUGGCCAGACUAAUAGUGAGCAAUGUCUGGAAGAUGCCAAGAAGCACACUUUAUACUGUGAGAAGCACAUUCCAAAUUUUCUGAAAAGAGCAAGAAACGGUAGAAGUAGACUAGUAUCAAAAGAUAUUUUUAUUAAUCUUCUAAAGAACUGUUCCACAAGGAAGCAAAAAUUGUAUCUUCAUCAAGCAUGUGAGCUUCUGUAUGGGUUCAUGAAAAGGAGUUUGUCCCACCAACAGCCAGUUUUCAAGGGCAACAUCAUGGAGUGGACGCUGUCUGAAGCAUCCAAAGAUGCGAAUGUUGGAGAAUUUUUGUUGACAUUGGUCUCCUGUGAAAGAGAAAAAAUAAUAAGGGUUUGGGGCUUUGGGACUGAGAAAGUUAAGGAUGGAAUUUUCUCAGGGACAAAUGCAUUAUCCACAUCAGUGGCACAUCAGAAAGAUCACAACUCUGAGAUGACUGUGAAGUGCAAAAUCUGUGCAGCAGAGUUCCCUGAUGAUCAAAUGCUUGGUGCGCAUUGGACAGAUAGUCAUAAAAAAGAAGCUCGAUGGCUUUUUAGAGGAUAUGCUUGUGCUGUUUGUAUGAAUUCAUUUACCAAUAAGAAGGUUCUAGAGUCACACAUUAGAGAAAGACAUGGUGUGCAGUUUCUUGAACAUUCAGUACUAUUUCGUUGUAUGUCCUGCAAUCGCCACUUUGUUAAUAUUGAACAGUUAUGGCAGCAUGUACUUUCAUUGCACUUAUCAGAAUUCAGAAUGAUAGAUCAUGGGGAACAGAAUAAUCAGUCUAUGGAUCAGUGUGAUCAACCAAAGUUAGAGCGAAACAGUAACCUUCAUCAAAGCAAUGGUGUAUCUGUAAAUGAAGAUGACUCUCAGAGAUACAUUUGCAGGUUUUGCGGGAUGAAGUUUGAUCUUCUGCCAGAUCUGGGCCGCCAUCAUCAAGUUGCUCAUAAGAACUCAAGUUCCAUAAACCAGUUUAGAGGUAACCAUUAUAUUAAACACAAGAGGCAUUGCAAUCCUAGAUUCAAGAAAAGUUUUGGACGGACAUUCAGGCUGAAGAACCAGACUAAUUAUGGCAUACAAAAGCGAUUGUCACCAUCUAAUUUGGUUUUAUCUUUGAGGCCAAAAUUGAAAAGUCAAGCAUCUGAAACAUUGACCCUUGGGAGGAUCUUGGAGUCGCAUUGUGCAGAUGUAGCGGAGACCUUAUUCUCCGAGAUACAGAAAACAAAACCUCGGCCAAGUAACCUUGAGAUUCUUUCUAUUUCCCGUUCUGCAUGCUGCAGGGUAAGCCUUCAUUCUGCACUAGAAGAGAAGUACGGAGCACUACCUGAAAAUCUUUAUUUGAAGGCAGCCAAACUUUGCAGUGAGGUAAAUAUCCAAAUAGGUUGGCAUGCUGAAGGAUUUAUUUGUCCAAAAGGCUGUAAGCGUCCCAUGAACCCUCAUUUUUCAACUUCCACUAUAGCUAACCAAGAUGGGAUUCUGGAUCCUCCAACUCCUACAGGCGAUGUUGCUGUUGACAUAAAAUGGGAGAUGGAAGAAUCCCACUAUAUGCUUGGUCCAAAACAUUUCAACUGGAAAGUAACGCAGAAAACCGUUGUUUUAUGUGAAGAUGUGAGCUUUGGGAAGGAACCAGUUCCAGUGGCUUGUGUCAUUGAUGAAAAUAUUAAAGAUGGGCUCAAUAGCCAGGAGCCUCCUGCCCUUUCGCCCUGGCAGGGUUUCACUUAUAUUACUAAACGGUUGCUUGGGUCAUCUCUUGAUCUUGAUGCAGAGAAUCCACAAUUGGGGUGUGCUUGUCUAGCCUCCAAAUGUUCCCCUGAGAAAUGUGAUCAUGUCUAUCUAUUUGAUAAUGAUUAUGAAAAUGCUGAAGAUAUUCACGGUAGAUCAAUGCGUGGUAGAUUUCCGUACGAUGAAAAGGGAAGACUUUUAUUGGAGCAAGGUUACCUUGUUUAUGAGUGCAACUCCUUGUGCCAUUGUCAUGCUACAUGUCAUAACAGAGUUCUACAGAAAGGGAUAAAAGUCAAGCUUGAAAUAUUCAAAACAGAGAACAAGGGGUGGGCUGUGAGAGCUGGAGAAGCUAUCUCAUGUGGUACUUUUGUGUGCGAGUACAUUGGUGAAGUUAUGAAUGAUCUGGAGGGAGAUAAGAGGAGGGAGAGGUAUAACAAUGUGGAAUGCAGCUACAUUUAUGACAUAAAUUCUCACCUAGUGUCGAGAGGCCUCAGCGAAGGGACAGUUCCGUAUGUCAUCGAUGCUACGAGGUUUGGGAAUGUGUCCCGGUUUAUCAAUCACAGUUGUUCACCCAAUCUUGUUAACUAUCUAGUCCUAGUGGAGAGCAUGGACUGCCAUCUUGCUCAUGUCGGUCUAUACGCCAGUCGGGAUAUUGCUAAAGGGGAAGAACUAGCUUAUGACUACUGCCAUGAGCUGGUGCCAGGAGGAGGAUGCCCUUGUCUAUGUGGAACUUCAAACUGCAGAGGACGUAUUUAUUGAAAUGUCUGAAAGAAAUAAUGCGACAAAGCUUUUGGUCAAUGAAUAUGCAGUCAUGGAACUUUCAUUGGCACUCUCAGAAAUGUCAGAAUUUUUCCGUAAAAAUUCAACUAUAAGCAAAGGAGAUGUGAUGGUGGUCCGCCGUAGGUUUAGGUUCUUACUAACAGUUAGUGAUUUAUCGCCCUUGUAUACACCGAUGAUUUGAUUCUUUCCUGGCUGCAAGAGAGCCAGCAAGAUUUUUAGGUACAUUUCAUCUCUGUAGCAAAGCUUAAUUGCUUUGAACUGUAAUUAUACAUUUGAAUUUUUCAUCUACAGUCUUCAAGAGAGAACAUAAUCUAAUUCUUUAACUGUUUAGUUUUGGCUGAAUGUAUUUUUCCUCUGUUCUGAGC